CUCUACACACACCCAUAUCUUUUACAUCCACAGCCCAACUUCUAUCUCUCUGCCCUCUUCCUUAUCUCCUUCACAUUGUCUUCUUCUUCCUCCUAACACCGACUCAAAUUUCAACACCAAGAAACUAUAGGAUUCUUUUGCAAUUACCAUGGCUUUUGCAGGAACCACCCAGAAAUGCAUGGCCUGCGACAAAACUGUCUAUUUAGUAGACAAACUUACUGCUGACAAUCGUGUCUACCACAAAGCUUGCUUCCGCUGUCACCACUGCAAUGGAACCCUCAAGUUAAGUAAUUACAAUUCGUUUGAAGGAGUGCUUUACUGUCGGCCACACUUUGAUCAGCUCUUUAAAAGAACUGGAAGCUUAGACAAGAGCUUUGAAGGAACACCAAAGAUUGGAAAACCGGAGAAACCGGGUGAUUCUGAGAAACCAACGGCGACUAAAGUUGCAAGUAUGUUCAUCGGUACUAAAGAUAAGUGUCUUGGCUGUAACAAGACUGUUUAUCCAACUGAGAAGGUUUCAGUGAAUGGAACUUCGUACCAUAAGAGCUGUUUCAAGUGCUGCCAUGGCGGAUGUACAAUCAGCCCAUCAAACUACAUUGCACAUGAAGGACGACUUUACUGCAAACAUCACCAUACCCAACUCAUCAAAGAGAAAGGAAACUUAAGCCAGCUGGAAGGAAGCCAUUAAAGAACCUUACACUCGUAGGCCUUGUUUUUUUUUUUUUUUUUUUUUUUUUUUUUUUUUUUUUUUGUGGUUAUGUCCUCUGCUUUCUUCCUUAUUUUAGUCCUGCUUUUACGCUGUUCCCUUUUUGAACUUUAGCAACCCCUCUCUUUGAAAUUUGAAUUGUAAAACAAAAGAAGUAAUCGUGUGGGUCUCCCUCUGGUUUUUGUUUUGGUUGGUGAUUCAAAUAAAACUUGCAAGUAAGAGGCCAACGUAUUAAUUGAUCA